UGCACUUUUGGAGUCAGAACAGCAGAUAGAGGACACACUCUGCUCCUCUGGAGAAGAGGAGAUGGACCAGGAGGAGGUGUUGUCCAAACUCAAGAAGGACGUGCGCUCUCUGCUGCUCUCGUCCAAAGUGGGACUGGACCCAGAGCAGCUGAGGAGAGACUACGGCGCCCUGCUGGGACACCCCAUGCCCCUGCGCUCGCUCGGCUUCAGAAACGUCCUGGACAUGAUCAGAGAGAUGCCAGACGUGGCCUCCAUCCAGUACAGACCGGACGGAUCUCUGUAUCUGAAGACUGUGAGCGACGAGACGACGCGUGACCUGGAGGAGCUGGUGUCCCGGCAGCGCACGUCUCCGGCCGACAGGAAGCGACUGCAGAAGAAGUUGGGGAGCUUCUUCUCCUCUCGAUACGACCCCGGCCCCAACCAGCUCCUGCCGCUGCCCAGGAGGGGGCGCACUCCUCCCGCUCUGCCCGCACAGCUCCGGGGCCCGGUUCUUCUCUCUCAGCUGGAGUCCUGUUUCCUGUUGCGUUUUGGUCUCCCCCUGCGCCUCCACUCUUACGGCUUCUACUCCACGGCCGAGAUGCUGGAGGCUGCGUCGGACCUGCUCGCCGUCAGCCAGAGCCGACUGGGCUCCAUGGUGUCGCUGCGGGGACAGAUGCUCCCCAGGCCCCUGUGCGUCGUGAACACACCCACCCCACCCAAACCGGCGCUGGGGAGGGUCCUCAAACCGCAGCCAAAACCUCCAGGAACCAAAGCACCCGUCACAGACUCACAGGUGUCCGAGGCCCGACCCGGUGCCGCGGAGACAGCGCCCGCCCCCACAGAGUCUGAGGGGGUGGAGCCGGAGAGGGCGGGGCAGGCGAGGUCGCUGAGUGAGCCGUCGUCCGGAGGCGGGUCCAUGCCUGAGCUCAUAGAGAACAUCACAGAGAACCAGGAGGAGCCGUGCUUCAAGGACCGAGUGCUCAAGCUGGAGGAGGAAUUUCGCAAACAAAUCCAGGAGAAUGGAGUCGCCGGAACCAUAAGUCAGACUUUAAAAGACAAACUCCAGAAGGUGGUAGCGCAGUGUCCCGGCGGAGUGUCCGUCCACGACCUCCCGGCGAAGUACCAGAUGCUGUUUGGAGAAGAGCUCCCCCUGCUGGAGAGCGGCUUCGUCAGCGUCACAGAGAUGGUGGGGGCCAUGACGGACGUUUUUCACCUCCGGUCGGUCGGAGAGAGAGGAGUUUCACACAGCUGGACGGUGACGAUACAGGAGGAGGAGGAGGGCGCUCGCACAGCGUCUGAGAGUGAAGGGUUCGAGCUGCCUCCCGUCAGUUACUACUUCAGCAGUGGAGCGUCUCUGUGGGAGGCGGAGGAGGGCGAGGAGGUCCCUGCUCUGGAGCCAAUCGAAGACCAGGACACAGACCGCAGCGCUAAGCCUCUCGAAACACCCUACCCCUCCAUCCAGGUGCACAGUUGCCCCCUGGUGCCGCUGGACGCCCUGCAGUGCCAGCGCCUGCGGCCGCCCACGCCCCACGCCCCUCGGGAGCUGGCGGCCGUGUUCGUGGAGGAGGUGGAAUCUCCCGGAAACUUCUACAUCCGCUUCAGUGACACGGAGGAGGCCCGCGCCUUGGAGGACAUGAUGAUCGAGAUGAGACGGUGCUACUCGUAUACGGAGGUGUCCAAGCGUUACCGUCUCCCUCCUCCGUUGGUGCGUCGGGGGCAGGCGUGCUGCAUCUCGCCCAAAGGGAUGUGGUUCUACCGCGUGGUGAUCCAUCGGGUGCUCAGCUCGUCUCAGGUCGAGGUUUAUUACGUCGACUUCGGGGCCAUCAUGGCGGUCCAGACCUCGCAGCUCAAACUCCUCAAGUCGUGUUACUCGGUGCUUCCCGCUCAGGCUGUGCCCGCUUCACUCGUCGGAAUCAAACCAACAAACGGGGUCUGGAGCUCCGAGGCCACGGAGUACUUCGAGAAGCUGUGCUCGGACAAGAAACUAGUGGGCGCUCUGGACGGCUACAGCGGAGACGUGCUGCUGUUGUACCUGUGCGACACGAACACGGACCAGGACCUGUACAUCCACUCGGCUCUGCUGGAGAAGGGCCACGCGACGCCCUGCAGCCUGUCCGUCAGCGCCGCGCUGCGUCCCCCCGUCACACCUGUGAGUCUGUACCUGGGGGAGGGGAUGGUGGACCUGCCCGAGCCUGAGUUCACCGAGCAGCCGGGACCCGCCCAGCAGGAGGAGGAGGACGAGGAGGUUCCAGGUCUGGAGUUAAUUGAAAACAGUGAGAUCGUCUGUCCAGUGCAGUCCUCUGUGUUGAACAGUCUGCUGACCGAGCAGACUCUGGCCUGUUCGGAGCUCCGCUGGGCCCUGAAAGAUGAACUGCCCCGUGUGGACCCCCCCACGUCCCCCUCCACCCGCCUGCCCCCCCUGGACCUGAUCCUCACCCAGACCCCGCCUCCUCACGGCGCGACCAAGGACAACAACAAUGUAAGGGACAGUAGACAGGAGUGUGCGUCGAUCUGUAGAGAGCACGCUGAAGAAACACUGUGA